AUGGCGGACCGACACGGAAUGGUGAACCCUGGCAUCUUUGAAGACCUCCAAGCCCGCGUAGACCAGGAUACCACUGUGCGAGAUGAGCUCAAAGAAAUCAUCCAGACCCUAGAGAAGCAGAUCCGCACCGCCCAGUCCAUCCUCUCAAGAGCCCACUCCACGCCGACCGCUGAGCUCCCCUCCGUCGUCACCGCCGCCCAAGACGCCAUCCGCCACGAAAUCGACUCUAUCAAGAAGCUCGCUGAGGCUACCGCGGGCCAGCCGUACUACAAAUGGAACGGCAUCUGGACGAGGCAGAUGCAGGAUGCGACCUUCAAUGUCCUGUUCUGCGGCUGGCUGGGCGGGUUUGCGGCGGGUCAGGAAAGCAAGCCGGGACGGCUGCUGACGAUUGAGGAGACGGGGGGGAUUAUGGGAGUCCCCGUCAACCUCAAAGACCGAGACGCAUUCCAUCUCACCAUCGAGGAGUAUCUGCACGCGCUCAUUUCACUGGUUGACGAGCUGGCGCGUCUGGCGCGCAAUUCGGUCACGCUGGGUGACUAUCGCCGUCCGCUGCAGAUCAGCCAGUUCAUCAAAGACCUGCAUGCGGGCUUCCAGAUCUUGAACCUGAAGAACGAUGCGCUGAGGAGACGCACGGAUGGAAUGAAGUAUCGGGUCAAGGAGGUUGAGGACGUGGUCUACGACUUGUCACUGAGGAACUUGGUGCCGACGGACUAG